GAAGAUGAAGAUAAUAAUGAAAUAGAAGAUGAUGAUAAUGAAACAGAAGAUGAUGAAUAAAACAGCAACAACAAUGAACAACAAUAAUCAUGAAGAGAGAGAAAACAACAACAGAUGAGAAGAGUGAGAAACACGCUUUCCCCCCUUUCCUGUUAUAUUAAUUAACAUUUGAAUCAAAGUGUAAAUUAAAAAACUUAUGAGUUAUUUUUAAACUUUUCCAACUUUCUUAAUUCAUAAUAAAAGUAAUUGUCACCUCUAUUUAAGACUUACAUCACCUACACCUAAUUUUAAAACUCUUUUAAACAUCCAGGGGAAAAUAGUCCUUUUGCUCAGUGGUAAACGAGUUAUAGAAUAACCCACUGUUUCAUCAACUCACCUGCAUCUUCACUUUUCACAUAUACUCCUCCUCUCUAGAUAUUCAAGAAUGCUUGAUGUAGCAAUUUCAGUUUCUACACUUUAUCUAAGAUGCCUCAGGUGAAGGAAAUCAUUGUCAUAUGUGAUCCUUUUUAUCAAGACAUUUUUGAAGAUGCCAAAGAACAUAUCCAAGUUGACUUAAAAUUUGCAUUGCCUGGGAAGGAAAGACAAGAUUCUGUAUACAGCAGACUUCAGGUAGUAGGGUAUUAUCAAGGUCCACCAGUGAUGCCUCUUCUUCAAUACUACACAGCACCUCCCCCUAGAAGGAAUUAUGGGUAUCUUGAGGGUUGUCUAGAUGCUCUAUUUUGUUGUUGGCUCAUCGAUGAGUGUUGCUGCGACUCUUCCAUCAUCUUCAUCUGCUAAUCCGAAAGAAGCUUCUAUUUAUAGGCGUUGGAGGCCCUUAACCCUUUCUUAUUGUUAGUAAUAUAGGUUAAUCUCUAUUCAUACUCUACCUGUCCUGCUACUUUCUUCAAAGUAAUCUUCUGCAUUUCUCUUAAGAGAUCUAUAUAUAUCAUUUAUGAAAUUACAAAUGCUUGAUCUCUUUGAUUAUAAUUUUUUUACUCUCUUUCAACUUAUAUCUGAUAUCGAAUAUUAAUCUUUAAUUUGCCCCCUCAUUUCAAUGAAGUCCAUUCCAAAGUUCCAAAUCUACACCAUCCUCCGGAGUUUCCUUAUGAGAACACAUUAUAAGGUGUUGAAAGAAACCCUUGAGAAAAAUGUACCCUCUUUGAAUUUGAUAUGGAACAUAUUAAGAUGUCAAUCAAAAGUGUUUCUACAACCACCCCAUAAAAGAAAACUUCAUUUAAAGAGGUUCAGAAAGAUUGAAGGUACACUUUAAUAGUUUCAACUUCAUCUUGUAUUGUUUAAAUACCACACAUCUUCAUCUCUUCACCUACUACUAACAAAACACCCUCAAUUCUCAAGGUGUAAAGAAAAAGAGGGUUGAUAUUGGUUUUGGUUAAAAUUUCUGGAGGGAAGAAAGCAAUUUUCCUUUUUAAGAGAAACAGAUAAGGGGGAAUUUGCUUGCGAACAUAACAUAAUUGCAGUAACACAAGGGCCCUCGGGGUCUCCAUCAUGUAUGAAUUUCGAAUAGGAUGUCCUGCACGAGGUAAACUUUCUUGCUAAUUUAUUUGUAUCAUAAACCUGGAUUGAUAAUUAUAUAUAUAUAUAUAUACUUCCUCUGUUCGCUUUUACUUGCCAUUAAUUUCCUAAUUGUAUUUAUACUUUUACUUGUUAUUUUUGACAUAUUAAGAAAAGACAACUUAUUUUCUCCUAUUUUACCCUUAUUAAUUGUCUUUUUCUUCAAAUUAAUUUCAAGACACAAUGUAAACAUCGUUUAACUAUUUGUGAUGUUUAAACUUACGAGCAACUUGUGCAUCCAACCAAUGAAAGUUAAGAGUACUACAAAAAGAGAAUGUUAACAGGGAACUAGUUUGCCAAGUCCAUUCAUAGAAUUAAUUUUGAGCCAAUAGGAUUGUACAGGAAGAAGACAAGUCUUAUUGAGUUAUAUUUUGCAUAAAUGCUAGUAGUAGUACUAAUGACGGGUGAAUGCUGCAUCCUCCUAGAAGUGUGGGUCAAAAAGAUCAAAGAUUAUAGAAAUUUGCUCACCAAUUGUCUUUUCCUAUCCGUUUAUGAGAUUUUAGUUCAAUGUUUUUCUCCAUUCCUUCUUACGCAGAUUUUUUUAAUUGAUAAUUGGUGUUUACUUGGUUUUUGAAGGUAUGUCAAAAUGCCUCCCUAUUAUAUGGUUUUUGGGAUAUCAAAGGUUGGUUACUAAGCUAGGUAUUGUAUCUCCAACACAUUUAAGAUGAUAAAUGAAGCAGGCUUUGAAUAUUGAACCUCCCAAAUACAAUUAUAUGACACUAUUCAUUGUGGAGAAAAAUCCUUGUGCCAAUUUCUACACAGAACAACACUUGAAAAAGGUAAGUGCUCCUCCACUUCUUUGCUGUAAUAUAUCGAUAUCCUAAGUCAUUAUGAAUAUAAAUAGGUGAUUUAAUUUCUGUAAGGUGACAGAAAUGGCACGAAAUCGAAUUUUAGUUAUUUCUGAUGAAGUUUAUGCUCAUCUCACUUUUGGAAGUAAAUCCUUUGUGCCUAUGGGAAUCUUUGGAUCAGUUGCCCCUAUUGUUACACUCGGAUCCAUAUCAAAGAGACUUUCACUUAUAAAGCCAAAUUUAGGUGUUGAAGAGCAUUUCAGCCCCGUGAACUGCUGCUUAUCCAUUAAGCUCUUUUCUUUGAUCUACUCAUCUCUUGAUUUCGAGACCAGUUUCCGACAAUUUUUCCGUGACACAUUGACUUUCCGGCCAUAUUAUUUUCUAACAAAAAUGGUUGUAUGUUGUAAUCUUGUGUUUUCUUGUUUUCAGGUCAUAGAUUCCAUCCUCGGGUAUCUUAAUAUAACUUGUGACCCUGCAACCUUUUUUCAGGGGGCAAUUCCUCAGAUCCUUCAAAAAACAAAAGAUGAUUUCUUCUCUAAAAUAGUAAAUAUGUUAAGAGAAGAUGCAGAUAUUUGUUAUGGUAGAAUCAAGGAUAUUCCUUGCAUCACUUCACCAAGUAAACCUGAAGGAUCUAUGUUUGUGAUGGUCAAGCUUCAUUUGAACCUUCUCGAAGACAUCGAAGAUGACUUGGAAUUUUAUUUCAAGCUGGCUAAGGAAGAAUCUUUGAUGAUUUUACCUGGAUGUGUUGUUCGUGGACAGUAGUGACCCCUGGAAUCCCCACCUUUCGAUACUGGGGAAAGUGAAAAAAAUGCUUCAUGAGAUUCAUAGAGUUCUGAAAACUGAGGGCAUAAUUAUCUCUAUCACGUUUGGCCAGGUGUCAUUCUUUAAUCAUCCUGAGCUUACCUGGUCUGUUGAGUGGAAUGCUUUUGGAGAAACAUUUCACUAUUUUCUCUACAUCUUGAAAAAGGUUAAUCACAGGUCCAGAAAAGUUGUCUCACUCUACAUGAUGUUUGCCUAUAUUCAUUUUUCUCCAGACCCAUCAAACCUAAAGAAAAUAUGGAUUUAAAAUGGUUUCACAUCAAGUUAGAUACUGAAUGCAAGUACUGAAAUUUAACUGUUAACUUGAAGGUGUUAGAGCUAUAGCUAUUUUGUCAUCCUUUAUCUCACCAAUAAAAAAAAUUUGAUGAUUACCUCUUUAUGUAAUUUUUGUUUGCUAACCGUAACCCUCCCAAGACCCACUUGUGAAAUUUGUGGGAUUACACUAGGUAUGUCAUUGUUUACUAUCUCUGUAGCAAAAACAAUUAUAAAUUACAUGUCUUGUUUGCCUUGAAGUGUCAAGUUACUAUGUGUCCUCCCUGUGAAA